CUGCUACAGAAGAUCUAGACAGAUAUAGUGAUUUGAUUGUCUCAAUCAUGUGGCUCUUGAUUUUCUUAAUCUGGUUAGUGAUAUGGGCCGGUGGCACAUACUGGUACCUAUUUGGGAAACCGAGCCCUUUCUCCUUGGAGUCAGUGAGACCCCCUGGACCUCGAGAGAUGGAUCAGAAGAAGCGGGACAAAGUCAUCAAGCGAGGUUUCAGCCUUGACAAAGUGCCCCAGAACCUGGAUGUCAUUGUCAUUGGGAGCGGUAUUGGUGGGCUGACAGCUGGAGCCACACUGGCCAAAGCAGGGAAGAGAGUCCUGGUGCUGGAACAACAUGACCAGGCAGGAGGCUGCUGCCACACUUACUUAGAGAAAGGCUUUGAGUUUGAUGUUGGGCUUCACUACAUUGGUCAGAUCCAUGAGAACAGUCUGUUGCGUAUCGCCUUCGACCAGCUCUCUGAGGGCCAGCUGGAGUUCCAGGAGCUAAAUCAACACUUUGACACCAUCCAGAUUGGCAUGGGUGAUGAGAAACGAGAGUACACAAUCUUCUCCGGUAAAACUGAGAUGCAAGCCCAUCUGAUGAAGCAAUUCCCCGAUGACACAGAGGCCAUCGAGGCAUUCUUCAAAAUCAUGAAGGUCUCAGCUAAAAAGACCCACUACCUGGCCACCUUAAAGCUGAUCCCGCAGUGGGUGUCUUUAUUCCUGUUGAAGUCAGGCAUCGCAAACCUCAUCUCCCCUGUCUUCCGCCUCACUGGCACAGGCGCAACGGACUUUGUGAACACCCUGACCAGCAACAAGGAUCUCCAUGUCAUCUUCUCCUAUCUUUUCUAUGGCGUGCCUCCAAAGGACUCCAGUGUUUUGAUCAAUGCCCUCCUGGUUCAUCACUACAAACGAGGUGCCUACUACCCCAAAGGUGGUGCCAGUGAGAUCGCCUUCCACAUUAUCCGCACCAUUCAGAAAUAUGGAGGAAACUGUCUGGUCAGAGCUCCUGUCUCCCAGAUCCUUGUUAAUGAGAAGGGAGCGGCUUAUGGGGUGAAAGUAAGGAAAGGUCAGGAGGAAGUGGAAGUUCAUGCACCUGUGGUUGUGUCAAAUUGUGGCAUCUUUACCACCUUCCAGAAACUUCUGCCCCCCGAGAUCAAAGUCAAGACAGAUAUUCAGGAAAGACUGAACAUGAUGAAACAUGGCAGAGGAUCGUUCUUGGUCUUCUCUGGCUUUGAUGGAACUGAAGAGGAGUUGGGUCUCGAGUCCACCAACUUCUGGCUGUUCAAAAACAAUGAUAUGGACAAGUCAAUGGAAGACUUCUUUGCAUUGAGUAAAGAGGAGGCACCGGAUAAUAUUCCCAUGAUGUUCAUCACAAUGCCAUCUUCCAAAGACCCAGAAUCCAAAAUAAGACACCCUGGAAAAUCUUGCAUGACAAUACUGACGAUGGUGAAGUAUGAAUGGUUUGAGGAAUGGAAGGACACUACAGUGCGCAAAAGAGGAGAUGAAUACUACAACUACAAAAUGAGAUUUGCACAGAACCUCUUUGACUGGGCCUGUACUUUGUUCCCUAAAAUCAAAGACAAGUUGGUUUUCCAGGAUGUGGCAACCCCACUGACCAACAUACACUAUUUGGGUGCCCAACGUGGGGCCAUGUACUCGGCUGAGCACAACCUAGAGCGUUUCCAUGCCGAGGCUGUGGCAAGGAACAGGUGCAACACCCCUGUCAAAAACCUCUACAUCUCAGGUCAAGACGUGUUCAGUUGUGGGAUAGCAGGCGCUCUGCAUGGUGGACUCCUCUGCGCCUCUGCAGUGUUAGAUCACAUUGUCUACAUCGACUUGCUCCUCCUCAAGAAGAAGCUGAAGAGGAGGAAAGCCAGUGAGUUGGCCCAGCUGGCUAAGAAGAAGCUGCAGUGAGAGUGCUCGCUACUUCCCCUGCAGGACAAUAAUGAAACUGCACAAACCUGGUGCAAAAGGACCCUUGAUUGUGGUGGGAAGCUAAAAGGAACACACCACCGCUGAGUCCCAGAUCUGUUCUUUAUAUUAUAAAGUCUACACAUACUAAUGCCAAUAGUGAACAUUUCUGAAAGUUAUAAGGAACAAAUGUUAUAUCCUGUUCGUACUCCACUGCAAUGAACUCUGUGGCCGGUUUCAAAAUAGUAAACAUGACAAACAGACAAUAAGAAUUAUUAGUUUUCUGAGCUGAGGCCGUCACACCGUCAUGUGUUCCUGGUGGAUCAGUCAGUCUGGUGAUCUAUGCCAGCAUACUAGACUGACUUGCCUUAAGCAACUUCACAAGCUCACAGACUAAAAGUGUAUAUUGUUGCAUCAUACUUCAUAAUAUUUACCUUAGAUCUGCUAAAAGUUCUAACUUUGUUUGCUGUUGAGGAUAUUGCCUGCGCUAAUUGUGAAAUAAGACUUAACAUGGAACUACAAUAUGCUGAAGCGUUAGCAUAGCAUGGAGCACUGAAGCCAGUAAUCUACCAGAUUUUGGCUACGAUUAAUACUAAUUUAUUAAACAGGGAGCCACAAUCGAGACUACUACUGGAUUUUCACAAGAUUUAAUCUUAUUUAUUUACAAUAAUUAGUUGUAGUUGUAUUAAACAAUAGUAGUUGUGUAUGGGGCUGGGGAUAGUUUUGGUGAGUUUUCAGUAUUAGAGAAGGUAAACACAUGUAACCACAAAGUAUUUAAAUGCUCAUAAUGCACAAUAUCUUGAGUUGAAUAACCAUAUUGGCUAUUCAAUACCCCUGUGUAACUCUGCAGCAUUUUAUGUGAAAUGUUUACUAUUUAGUUUAAGUUAAUCUUUAAAAUUGUAAUCUUUUAGCUUGCAGUGCUUUUCAUAUUGUAAUUGUGUUCACAUAAACAUACAACUUUCAUUCAUUUAAUUAUCUUAUUUCUAGGUAAAAUGCUAUUACUCCAUUUUUGUACAUUUGUAUUGAGGUAUAUAGUAAUCUUAAAAUGUGCUGUAUUGGGGAAUAGUUUUACUGUAUUAGGUAGAAUUUCAUCUCAUGUUAUCUUGCCUUUAUGUAAAACUAAGAAAUAUCAAUAAUCAUUAAUCAUGAGUGUAAUUGCUUUGAAAGAUUUGUACAGAUUUUUUUGAGAUGUUCUUUCUUUUCUUUACAUAUUUUUACUGUUUGCUUUAGAAUUAUGCAAAAUGCAUAUUUGUAU